UGACAGCCCACCGUGGUGUGAAAGGACGAAACAAGGGAUCUUUAAAUCUGAGCAAAACGCUUGGAAAACUAAAACAUUUGGAAUUAAUUGUACGAGAAAGACUUUACUGGAUGUUCAGAAGGAAUUAACAGUGGCCCUUUUGUAUUUUAAAUUCUUCUUCACACCUUCAAUAGCCACUUCCUCCUCCUGUCAUCAUUAUGGAUUCCUCUACAGUCCUUCGCCAGCAAAGUCAGAACAAAAUCCACAGUGACUUAAUGAGAAUGAAGAAUGAACAUAACAAAAUGCCAGUGGACACAAAGGCUUCCAAACUUGUGUCUUCACCUCACCUUUCUAAAAAAGACAGUGAGAACAAAGAUCCAGGAAGCUCAGAAAUGGGUAGAAAGGCAGCUGUGCGACCAGGUGUAAGCAGGCUUCCAGUGCUUGCAAAAUCUCUUCGUCUCCAGACUCCCUGCGACUUCAGCCAAUCCCACUGUAGGUGGGAGGAGAAACCUCUGGCUGGUAAAACUAAGAAGAAAAAGCCAUGCACCAGGCCUGUGCCGUUUAACCUGUCUCAACCCAAGAGUUCAAGAACCACCAGAACAGAUCAACAGCCCCUAACCGUGCCACCAUCCCAGACUGGUGCUCAUGCUGUCCAACCUGAAAGCAAUGCAUGCAGUGCUCAUCUAAAGACGCAUUACGUAAAUUCAAAACCUACUAAACAUCCAGCUGUGUUAAACAGCCAUGUGGGCUCAUCACAUAAGUCUCAUGGAAAGGCUACAGAAAAUCUAUCCCACCUGUCAGAACAGUGUGGCCUUCUCAACACUUUAAAGACUUCAGGCACUUUGUCCAAUCCUCUGUCAGCCAUUUCUAAUAACACUCUGCAUCAGAACAGUGCUCUGUCUUCUUCGCAGCCUGCUCUUAGUGCAGAGACCUGUUUGGAAAACAUGAACCUGCUCAGUCUCAAAGAUCCGACCAAGACAUCACAUUCUAGCCAGAACACACAGCCGACCACCCAGGUUAAUUUUUCAAACGGUUCAACUGACAGCGGGGAGAACUUCCAGCCUGACCAUGCGGCUUUGGUCACUAUACUCCAGAACAAGGAAGUAAGCACCGCAAGUCUGGGUUCUGCAACUCCACAGUCCAAACCGUAUAACUAUCUGCCCCAGCGGGUGUCUGUCAUGAAGAGUCGACAAAAAGCUGGACCCACCACAGGAUCAGUAAAGUCAAUGCAGUUCUCUCCAGACCCUGCUGCACUGCAAAGUAUCCUCCAGAAUGAGGGGGUGAAGGCUGGAGGGUUCAUGGGCGCCACACCCCGGAACUCUGUUUGUCCGUCAGGCAGAGGCACUUCAGUCUACACAGCUCAGAGAGUGCCAGUUAGGAAAAAUCAUGCAGAGGCGACCGGCGGACCAGUGGCAGUAGCGCUCAGGGAGACUCCACUGAAGAAAUGGACUCCACAGAGAGUCCGUGACACCAGACAUCAGCCCAUGUCUGCUAUGAAAUGGCAUCUGUCCACACAACAGUCACCGUACGCCGGCACUCCCGCGCUGAAGAGCUGCAGAACCAACCUUCAGCCACACCAGGAGCAGGAGGUCGUCCAGAGAUUAUUUGAUGAUCAAGAGGACGAGCAGAACACGAAAGUGACAGACAAAGAUCCUGAGACACAAGCAGAACAGCUCCCAGUUCAGGCAUCAAGUACUAAAACCCACUGUGAAGAAAAGAUAGAGGCAAGCAGAACUAAUCUCAGUGAGGAUGAGGAGAAGGAGCAGGAGCAGAGGACUGUGGGAGGACAGCCGUUCAUCCAAGCGCCGCAGAGAGAGUCUGUCAUUUUUUUCUCAACGGGCAAAAAGCUGUUCAGGGCCCCGCGUUCUGAGAAGCAGGAGAGCUCCUCCGAUGAGGAUCAGCACGGUCCAGUUUCAUCAGAUCAGAGAAAGGUGCUGCCGGUGCAUGAAGAGACGUCAUCUUCGUCAGAACCAGCCUGUCAGGUCAACCCUCCUGUUCAGAGUCUGCACAGAGACAUUGUUCAGAAGAGUUGUGGUCUGAGUCCUGCUGUGGCCUUGCUGCGUAAGCGUCUUCCUCCGCUGGAGGAGCUACGCAUGGACGAGGAGGUGGCCACCUACACCUCAGUGUCUGUCCCCGCUGCUCCCGGAUUUGUCCCACCUCGACCUCGCUGUGGAAACCCGUUGGCCUCCAUCCUGCACCUCGAAGAGUCCUCUAGAUUUGUACCAAUUGGCUUCGAUCUCCCCUCUGGUCCUUCUUCUCCACUCAGCUCUCCACUGCAGGAGAGAUGAUUUGCACUACAAACACAGUAUUUGUUAUUACUGUGAAUAUCCAGAGUGGAUAAGCUUACACUGGUGAACUGAUGAGACUUUCUUUAGCAGAACUAAUGACGAUUGUCAUUAAACACUGUUGUUGCCAGCCUUAAUACAGAUCCAAAGAACACUGCUGGUAUCUGUUGUUUUUUGUUUUUUUUGUCUUAGAAAUGUUUGUACUUUCAAUAGAUCCUGGAAAAAAUAGAGAUUAUAUCUGGCAUCUUUUAUACUAAAGGCCCUCACGUUUGUCAAUAAUGUAGAUGCACAGCUAUUAGAUAUAAUGUUUAUGACAUGAAUCCAGAACUAAAUGUGGAAAAAUAAAUGUAAAGGGUCAAUGAAGACACUAGAUUUUAUCAGUGUUAUAGCUAUAGCAUACAUACAGAUUAGGAUGGCUCUGAGCAGUGUUAUUUGUUGUUAUUUGUAAUUCUUUUAACAAAACAGAAUCUUGUUGUGUGGAUUGAAAAUGAUUAAAGUUCAGAAUGUACAGUGUUUAUAAUAAAUGUAUAGAU